CGUAUUACAUUUUGCUGUUGACCAUACACUUUAUGAUCACGUGAGGUCGAGGUCGAGAUCUUCACCUACGCAUUGUUUCUCAUCCUCCAUCGUACAUUUUCUAGCAACAAUAUCACCACUGGCAAGACUGCACUACAACCAACCACGAGCCACGAACGUACCGGGCCAGCGACAGCCGCUGUCCACGAAUGAUGGUACAAACACCCGAGAACAAACUCUUACAACGACCUCUCUACGUCUUCGAUCUUCCUGCCGAUCUCUUGAAUACCCUCCAACCCAAGAUCCAACAAUCAUCAUCCUUGAACACUUACAGCGAGACACCCGUCAAGACCUCAUCAAGUGAGGCCGCCGACAAAGAAGACGGCAGUCCCUCGUCAGCAACCUCAUGUAGUCUUUGCGGCCUGUCAUUCUCCACUUUAGCAGAUCAACGAUUGCAUGUUCGUUCCGAUCUACAUGGGUACAAUUUGAAGUUGAAACUUCGCGGGACCAAACCCGUCGGCGAAGCAGAAUUUGAACGCUUGGUCGGCAACCUAGACGAGAGCUUGUCCGGUUCCGAUGAUUCUGAUACCGAGGCCAGCGACGAUGACGAUGCCACAUCCAAACCCAAAGACUCGACGUUGAAUGCGCUGUUGAAGAAGCAAGCCAAAAUCGUCGACGGCGAUGCCGAUGAUGCACCAACCAAACAGAGAAAGCGCGGUUCGGGGAAACCGCCCCUACUAUGGUUCUCUACUCCACAGCUCCCUUCGAAUACUUCACUCGGCAUAUACCGAGUUUUGUUCUCGAAUGACGUGCAAAACCAAGAAGACCAGCUCGUGGAAACACUCAAACAGAAACAGCUCACUCCCAAGCCUCCACCGGUACAUGUCAAACCCAAAAAGGUUGUCGAUGAGGACGGCGAGGAAGACGGCGGUGUCGCUCUACCAGCCUCUAUGAUUCAGAAGAAUACAAGCGCAUCAGGUCCUCAUUAUUUCCUGUGUAUGAUCGGCGGUGGUCAUUUCGCUGCUAUGCUGGUAUCCCUGACACCCAAAUCCACGAAAAAAGCCGGCGUGGAAGAUCGAACCGCGACCGUCAUUGCCUCCAAAACCUUCCAUCGUUACACCACUCGUCGGAAACAAGGUGGCUCUCAAUCGGCGAAUGACAAUGCCAAGGGUAACGCUCACUCGGCUGGUGCGGGGAUUCGAAGAUAUAAUGAGACUGCAUUGGUCGAGGAAGUUCGAGAAUUGCUCGCAGGAUGGCGUUCAUAUAUCGACGACUCGGAAUUGCUUUUCAUUCGCGCUACGGGAACCACCAACCGGAGAACGCUUUUCGGCCCUUAUGAAGAUCAAGUUCUGGAUAGCCGAGACCCUCGUAUACGUGGCUUCCCAUUCAGCACCCGCCGCGCCACCCAAUCCGAACUGAUGCGAUCCUUCAUCGAACUCACCCGAGUCAAAGUCUCCACCGUCGACGAAGCAGCCCUCGCUCGUGAAGCCGCCGCCACCGCCGCCUCCGCAGCAGCCAAAGCGGAAGCAUCCCAAAAGCUCAAAACGAACGCGGCCCCCAAACCAGCGAAACCCACCCCCGCCGAAGAAGAAGCCAUUCUCCACACCACCCAGCUCCAAGCCCUGAUCCGGCGCUCCAAAGCCCCAGCGAUGCUCACCUACCUCCAAACCAACAAUCUCCCCUCCAGCUUCCCCUUCCACCCACCCGACGCAAACCAUCACGCGCCCACGCCCCUCCACCUCGCCGCCUCCAGCUGCAGCCCGGCCUGCGUCACCGCCCUGCUCCUCAAAGCCAGCGGCGACCCGACGAUCCGCAACCCGCACGGCAAAACCCCCUUCGAACUCUGCGGCGACCGCGCCACGCGCGAUGCCUUCCGCCUCGCCCGCGGCCUCCUUGGCGAAGAAGCCUUCCGCUGGGACGCAGCGAACGUCCCGCCGCCCCUGACCCAAGCCGAAGUCACCUCCCGCGCGGCGGCCGAGAAAUCCGAAAAGGACGCCGACGCUGCGGCGGAGAAGUCCCGGCGCGAAGCGGAAGCGGAACGGCUCAGGAAGGAGGAUGCCGCCCGGGAGGAAACUUCUCGAGAGAGGAGGUUUGGAAAGGGCAGUAGCCUCCUCGGUGGAUUAUUAGGAGGUGGUGGAGGGAAACUUGCGAUGACGGCGGAGGAGAGGAGGCGCGAGGAGAGCAAGGGCAUGAGCGAGGAGAUGAGGAUGCGCAUGGAGAGGGAGAAGCGGGCUCGGGCGGCGGAGGAGAGGAUGAAGAGGUUGGCAGGGAAAUGAUGAUCGACGAACGUCUCUCUCGGCCUCGCGAGCCACCCUGGGUAGCAAGCCAGCAUUGAACACUUUCAUCCAUAAUAUUCUGCACCACCAAUUUCAACGCGCUCUAAAAUGCUUAGGAUUUCGACCGGGAUGUUAGUCAUCUAUUGACGGCUGUGUGUCCGAAUCGGGCGUUUCUCGCAGAUGCUGUCACCGAUUCCUUCCUUGUACAGAAUCCGAACCUCAUCCGUCGGUCGAUCCGUAUGGAUGUAAUGUCGAUCUGUGCAGAUUUAUAGGUGUUUAAUACACUUGAUCGCUUAGAAAAAGCUCCAUCGCUGUUCUUAAUCAUACGAUUUCUA